AUGGACCCGAAUACCAUCGACCCCAUCGAAAACAGGCGCCGUAUGGCCGCGGGAGAUUUAUACUAUGCUUUUGUCCCAGACUUGACCGCGGAUCGCUUCCGCUGCAAAGUCGCAUGCGGUGCAUACAGCGUGCAGGAUGCCGCCGGUGCGCCGAGACGGAAACUUGUUGAGUUGAUGAAAGAUAUCUUCAACGACAAAACCCCGCUACCCGCUCCCAACGCUCCCGAAGAAGAAGCCAUCUUUGACCAAUACCCCUGGAUUGACGGUCCGGUCAAAUUCGACUACGGCACCCAGGUCAAAUUCGGCCCCGGCGUCUACAUCAACUCCAACUGCACCUUCAUCGACACCAUGCCCAUCACCAUCGGCGCGCGCACACUCGUCGGUCCCAACUGCAGUUUCUACUCAGGCACGCACCCGACCGAUUCCCAGCUGCGCAACGGCAUGCGCGGGCCCGAGAGCGGGAAACCAAUUACCAUUGGCGAAGACUGCUGGCUGGGCGGGAAUGUCACGGUGCUGCCUGGUGUGACGAUUGGGAGGGGCGUGACGGUUGGUGCCGGGAGUGUGGUGACGAAGGAUGUGGAAGCGGAUGUGGUUGUUGUUGGGAAUCCGGCGAGGGUUGUGAAGAGGUUGAAGGGGGGCGAAGGGGAGGCGAAGAAAUAG